GCUUCAACUUGGCCGCUGCGCCUGCCCCGCGUCCUCCUCCGCCGGGGCUCUGCGGCGGCGGCGGCGGCGGCGGCGGCGGCGGCGGCGAGGAGACAAUGAGAGAUAAACCCAAGGAAAGAAAGCGCCGCCCGCCCCGAGGAGGCCGGGGCCUGGGCCGCGCUCCCGGCCCGCCCUCCUCGCCCCUUCCUCAGUCUCGGGGUUCGGGAGCGGAGCGGGGGCUGGGGGGCGCCCGCAGAGUUGCUGCGAGCGCAGACCUCCGAACUGGAGGCGACCCAGGCUCUCCGGCUCCAGCCUUCAGGGGCGCCGAGGGGGUCGGGGGCGGACCCAGCUGCGGUCACCUCACGCCUGCUUCUUGUCUCGCCUCGGGACAGGGGCCUCAGGAUGGAAAUCAUCAGUCUGCCCCUCCCGAGAAGGUCGGCUGGGUCCGGAAAUUCUGCGGGAAAGGGAUUUUCAGGGAGAUUUGGAAAAACCGCUACGUGGUGCUGAGAGGGGACCAGCUGUACAUCUCCGAGAAGGAGGUAAAAGAUGAGAAAAAUAUUCAAGAAGUGUUUGACCUGAGUGACUAUGAGAAGUGUGAAGAGCUCCGGAAAUCCAAGAGCAGAAGCAAGAAAAAUCACAGCAAGUUUACUCUCGCCCACUCCAAGCAGCCGGGUAACACGGCACCCAACCUGAUCUUCCUGGCAGUGAGUCCAGAAGAGAAGGAGUCGUGGAUCAACGCCCUCAACUCCGCCAUCACCCGAGCCAAGAACCGAAUCUUGGAUGAGGUCACUGUUGAGGAGGACAGCUAUCUCGCACACCCCACAAGAGACAGAGCGAAAAUCCAGCACUCCCGCCGCCCCCCAACUCGGGGACACCUCAUGGCUGUGGCUUCCACCUCUACCUCGGAUGGGAUGCUAACCUUGGACCUGAUCCAGGAGGAGGACCCUUCCCCCGCAGAGUCGGCCUCAUGUGCGGAGAGCUUUCGGGUGGACCUGGACAAGUCUGUAGCCCAACUGGCAGGCAGUCGGCGGAGAGCGGACUCAGACCACAUCCAGCCCUCCUCAGACCGGGCCCGCAGCCUUUCUCGGCCUUGGGAAAAACCAGACAAGGGGGCCACCUACACCCCACAGGCCCCCAAGAAGUUGACACCCACAGAGAAAGGCCGAUGUGCCUCCCUGGAGGAGAUCCUGUCUCGGCGGGAUGCAGCCCCAGCCUGUGCCCUCCCGCUGCAGGCCCAGGGCGCUCUGGCGUGCAGUCCACCCCGGCCAGGGCAGCUAGCCCACAUCCAGGACCUGGUAGCCAGGAAGCUGGAGAAGACUCAGGAGCUGCUGGCAGAGGUCCAGGGACUGGGGGAUGGCAAGCGAAAGGCCACAGACCCCCCACGGUCUCCGCCUGAUUCUGAGUCCGAGCAGCUGCUACUGGAGACAGAGCGGCUGCUGGGAGAGGCGUCAUCGAACUGGAGCCAGGCAAAGCGGGUGCUGCAGGAAGUAAGGGAGCUGAGAGACCUGUACAGACAGAUGGACCUGCAGACCCCGGACUCCCACCUCAGACAGACCACCCAGCACAGUCAGUACCGGAAGAGCUUGAUGUGAAGGGAGGCACAGAGCCAGAACUUGUGGGGAUGGAAGGACUCUUAGCUCCAAGUGUUGUUGCAGGAUAAAGCUUUUUUAUUUACCUCAAUCAAAAAAAAAAAAAAAAAAGCCACAAACACAGACUCCUGGCUCCUGCUGGUACCUGGCCCCCUCCUCCACUCCCCCUACCUACUUCCCUAACUUAAUCCCACCCAGCUUUAAGGAGAAAGUGAGCCCUAGAGCAGUAAAAAGGAAUUAGACAUGGACUGAGAGAGCAGGUCAGCUUCCCACACACUGCCGCCUCCAGGGCCCUGUGGCUAAGGGACAGAGACGCAUAGGCAUCUAAAUUGAGAGGGCUGGGGAAGAGCUGGUUUUCUCAUAUGUCCCAUUCCACAUUUUCAAUCCGAGGGUGAAAUUUCAGCUGCCCAACUCUAGUUCUAGGGAUGUGGAGACCAAGGCCACCUGUCCAUGCCAUAGGAGAAGUGAAAUUUACCCCAGCCCUGAAGGGGGUAUGUGAGAUGAAAAUCUUCCAAGUGUCGCACCAGCUUCUCAUGCAGGCAUUCUACUGAGGCCAUGGCUAGAACUCUGUGGUAGAGCAGUUGCUUGGUAUGAUAAGGUCCUGGGUUCCAGCCUCACAACACAAAAGGCAGGGAAGGCUAGGGGCAGUGGAACUGCCUGGACUUUGUUAUUUGACGUGUUUCCAGCCCACAUCUACCACAUCCCAGCGUAGUCAGACUACCUUGGCUGGAUGAGAUUGGCAUGGUCAUCUGACUGGGGGCCUGGCACAAGGGAACUGGAAACUGCUGACCCACAGAAGAACUGAAUUAAGAAUGAGACUGAUUUGUGAUGCAAGCUGGGUAGGAUAAAGGGGAAAACCAGCCUGUGUCUGGGUUCCUUUUUCAGCCACAGGAGGGUUUCCUGUAGUCUCCUCCUCCCACAGACCUCCCAGUCCCGGAGCAUCCCGCUCUGGGAGAACUUGUGCACCACCUGCCGGCCCGCAGCUGCUGGGCUUUCUUGCGUGCUUGUCCCCAGGCCGACCCACCACUCGCUUCAUUCUG